AUGGUCGCUGGGGGUGAGGAGCGGCCCAGCGAGGAAGGCAGCGGCGGCCGGGAGCUGAGGGGCGCGCCCAGGACCCGCGCCAGGCCUGGCUGGGAGGAGCCCGCGGCGGCCGGGGCGUUCGGGGCGUCGCCAGGGGCGCGGCUUGGGCUCCGAGGCGCGGCGGCGCCCGGCCGGCCGGCUCGGCGCGCGGGGAGUGGCGGCCCGGCUGCUGCUCCGGGAGGGGCUCGCCUGGCGGGGCUGGGCCUGCCUGGAGCCGGAGCCCGCGGGAACUGCGGGCGAGUGCCGCGGGGUGGCUCCCGGGAGAAGCGGCGCGGCCCAGGCCCUGGUGCGCCACGGGGCUGCGUAGGAGGAAGCCCCCAGGAAGGCGCGGGCCCCGGCGUCUCGGUGCUGAUGGCUUUGCCGACGAAGCACUGGUGUGCGGUCAGGCUGACUCUGAUGAAAGCACCCCUCCAGCCUGCAGCCUGGCCGGCUGCCCAGCUUGUCUUGUACAGAUCUCUAAACUCUCAGGUGACUGCGGACACUACGCGCUUGUGGGCCUGUUCGGCACCCCCAGAUAUGAGGGGGUUUGGGGGUUUGAACACCUGAGGUGGGACUGACACUCGAAGAAGCCAAGGAGUGCCAUAGGAAUGCAUCUGUUAGGACAAGCGCUCCUACGGAACCCUCCUGUCCCCAGCCAGGGGCUGCUCCCACGUUGGGGUUGAAGGCAGCAGCGAGUGAGGCAGCACUUAGCACAGCACAGACCAGACGGGACGCUGCACUUCACAGGGCGUGCCGGGGUCCCGCUCCUUCCCCUGCGGAAACCUGAAGUUGCGACGCGGCCUCAAAGGAAGACCGCACAGAUGGCCGCCGCCGACAGCGUGGCGGUGAUAACCCGCCCAGACAUCCUUCAAAGUGAUAGUUCUCGGUUCGGCCACUGAGGUUGUACCUUUGCACUCGCACCUCAGAGCCUCGCCCCAUCUUCUGAAUCACUCAGCAAAGACGCCCUGGCCCCAGCAAAAGCCAGGAAGCUGAUCUACCAUC